UUUCCCGUCAUUCUUUGCAGGCGGCGUGACGUCACGCACCCCAUGUGGUUUGGGUUCUUUGCACCAGGCUGUGCCCCGGGAUGGCGCCUGAGGUCAGGGCUUUGCCGGACGGAUGGCCCCGGCUCAGCAAGUUUGUCCUGUCCGCCUGUGCGGCCAGUGUGGCCGAGCUAGUGACGUUCCCUUUGGAUCUCACCAAAACGCGUCUACAGAUACAAGGCGAGGCGGCACUGAAGCGGUCUGGAGAAGGGGGCUUGCCCUACAGAGGGAUGGUGCGCACAGCGGUGGGGAUUGUGCAGGAGGAAGGGCUGCUGAAGCUCUGGCAAGGGGCAACGCCUGCAGUCUAUCGCCACAUUGUGUACUCGGGGGUCCGCAUGGUCGCCUACGAGCAGCUCCGGGACUCGCCACUUGGAAAAGGGGAGAGUGAGACGUUUCCUCUGUGGAAGGCCGUGGUGGGGGGAAUGACCGCUGGAGCUAUUGGACAAUUUUUCGCUAGUCCAACAGACCUGGUAAAAGUUCAGAUGCAGAUGGAGGGAAAAAGGAGGCUCGAAGGAAAACCACCCAGAGUUCGAGGGGCUUAUCACGCAUUUGUGACUAUUGUGUCCAAAGGAGGAAUCCGUGGCCUGUGGGCAGGUUGGGUGCCAAACGUUCAGAGAGCUGCCCUGGUAAAUAUGGGAGAUCUGACCACUUAUGAUACAGUGAAACACUUUCUACUUCGGAACACCAGCCUCAAGGACAACAGUUUCUGUCACAGUAUUUCGAGCAUAUGUUCAGGACUGGUAGCUGCUACUUUAGGAACCCCAGCUGACGUGAUCAAGACCAGGAUAAUGAACCAGCCGAGAGACAAGCAUGGCCGGGGGAUCUUGUACAAGUCUUCCACAGAUUGCUUCAUUCAAGCUGUGCGCGGGGAGGGCUUCAUGUCCCUUUAUAAAGGCUUCAUGCCCACAUGGAUGAGAAUGGCUCCCUGGUCACUGGUCUUCUGGCUGACGUACGAGCAGAUCAGACGAUUUGUGGGAGUGAGUUCAUUUUGAUCCUCGUCAUGGGGGGUAUGAAGACCUGGUGGGAAUAGGAACUAUGGCUGUGCUGGAUGAUCCGGAGUAGAAGCGGGCACCAUGCAAAGCAAGGAGACCUUAAAGGGGUCCUCCGGGAAUGAUUUAAAAUGGCUGCCCGCCAGAAACGUGUCCUAGAAUCUGAGCAUCACUGGUUGCCACCACUUGCAGAGCUGCCUAGGGGGUUAGGUGGCAGGGCCUCACUACCGACUGGCACCUACUUAUACUACAUAUUGGUGAGUGCUCCUGUCAGGCUGCUCAGCCAUGAUGACAUAUCAUAGACAGAAUCACAUCAUUACCAUCUAUCGUAGAGCAGCGCAGUGAGGCCCACAUCCCCCUAGACAGCUCUAGUGGUGGAAACCAGUCCUGCUCACAUUAUAGGACCGGUUGCUGGCGCCCAUUUUGAAUCAUUCCCAGAGAACCCCCUUUAAAAGGGCCUCAUAUCCUACUUCUGAUUUGCUAUGCAAAUUUUUUAAUUUUUAUAUGAAAAUAUCUCAUUAUUUAAUCUGGAUAUAAAUAUUACU